AUGCAGCAGGGCUUCAUGUAUCUUCUGGUGCGAGCAAGGGAGGCUCACAACACGGACAUCACACAGUCACAGGGCAAUAGGAAUAUGCUCAUCACCAUCACAGAAGAGAUGGCGGAGACGUGGCUUGCAAGGGUCAAAGGAGAGGACUUGGAGCGUCUGGUAGCAGUGUCUAGUGUCAAGACUCCUCUCAAGAAAGGCCAGAAGGUCACAGACUGCUACCGCACCCCGACGUUUAUCCACAAAGUUGCUGGAUCCAACAUGACUUUCUUCACACAGGAGGCUAACGGUAUCCCAAGCUAUAUCUACACUCACAACCUUGAUUGGUUCGUGGAGGAUGAUAAGUCGAGCAAACUUCCUCCUUGGGGUCGCAUGUCAUUUCUGGAAAUGCUAGCCACAGAAUCCGGCAAGGAGUUUGGCCAAGUGGGGGACGAAGUUUUUGAAGCAUUCGAAUGGCUGCUCGUCAGAGCGCAGCGCAUCCACAACAUAGUCUCCGAGCACCAGAGAUACGGUCAGCAGUAUCGAAUCAAUCCGGAUGUUGAUGAUACCCGAGGGAGACUCUCCGGUGAAGCACCAAAAGCCACGGGCAUUCGCUUUAAAAUCGGGGGGUACGGUGUGUGUGGUUGUGGGGAGGAGAUAUUGAAGCCUAUCGAAGGAGCAAAAGACAUGGGCCCCUGCGAGGAGUGUCUUCGAGAGGACAAGGCGGAGGAGGCGGCCGAGCGAAACUCCCUCCACAAAGACCGUACGUCGCGGAUCCCAGCACAGAACUCAAGUGAUCGUCAUGGGGACUCAGACCAGAUGCCCAAGGUUGCUCCGCAUGUGUCCGGCGCGCCGCGCACCCAAGCAAACAGUGGUCUGAUGUCCAAGCACAACUGGGAUUCUGAGCAUGUCUCUCGUCAGGAAGCCGUCUUGCCACCAGUCCGAAAGCAAUACCUCCGACAGGAGCAGCAACUGUUGCUUGGCCCUCCAGAGUCUUGGCACACCGAGAGUGACACGCACGAUGGUACCACUGGCGCCCCUCCAGGCUCCGGUAGCGACGACAUCGUAUUACUUGUAACUGAAGAAAAUGGUCGUGCCCAGAAGAGACGCAGAACAGCACAGGGUAUAGCCACAGCACGUGCUACCGUCGUCCAGCCCAAACAUCCUUCGAUCCCGCUCACUGCACAAGCUAGGAACCAAGCUGAUUUCCAGAACGACCUUGAGCCAAUGCGACAGAUCGUCAAGAGCUACUCCGAGAAAGAGUUUGGCCCACUUCACCAGUCUAUGCUUGAUCGGCUGUCGGAACUCCAAGAUCACCAUCGGCACCAGAUGGAAGCUGGUAAUCGUGGAGCUCAAGAAGACGGGGCAUUCAGGGCAUUACUCGGUAGAGUCAUGUCUGAGCACAAUCAGCGGUUGCCGGCGCCACCUGUUGCUGUUAUGCUCCAGCGUGCGAAGAGCACCGCCAUAGCGGCUCACUUUUCAACGAGUGCCACUACAGACCGGCAAGGUGCCCCGACCAGUUCAGAUCAUCGGCGUCAGUUCGCAGUCUCUACAGCAGCCAGCCUUGGAAGACAGCCACAUGCUUUGGCUGGGUCGAAGAGAAAGGUGCAGCUCGAUGGUGCUGGAACGAACUCCAAAACAGACGCCCCUCGAGCCAACAAGAAGAAGGGAGGAAACGUUGGAAGAUUGGAUCAUUCACACAACGUCGUUCCAAACAUGUCAACUCUUAGUGACUCGGAUUUCGAAGCUCGAAUCUUCCACGACCCAGGAGUCCGCCCAGACCUUCUGGUCGGAGAUGCUUUCUUGAGACUAGCAAAGACACACACACCAGGUGACAUCGCCACUCUCUACCAGCCGAUCUGCAUUGAUAAAGGCUGGAGUAUGCCUGAGCGCAGCAAUCUUCAACAUCGUCUGAAGAAAGCCAUAGCUUGGAAGGCAAACGGCGAUAACAUGCCACACGCGAUGGCCAUGCUUGCCGGAGGAGGGACCGGGACGCGAGGCGGCAUUCCCAGUCUGGGAACGAGUGCCCCUGAACAUGGCCAACCGUUGUUCGGCGGCAGCACUGUCACUACCAGUGGCAACGUGCACAAUCAGACCAACGCCACGUCAAACUCAUAUCAUCCUGCAGCCUCUCCAAUACUUGGAUUUCCUUCUGGCUCAAGCGAGGCUUUCGGAGCACGGCAAGGAUCUGUGCGGCCAUAUCUAGCAGGCGUCGACACACCCAUUCAGCACCCUUUCAAAUCCCCAGCUUCUGCUGCGUGGCAACUCAGCCAUCCUUCAAAAAGCGAUGGCGUCAUCAGAGCUCAAUCUCAAGCGGGAACGCCCAGUCAAGCUGGCGAGCAACAACAGCCAUACCCACGCCCAGUCUCGGGACACCGAGCAUCCAACUUCGCCCCUCCGUCAGCGUCCGCGUACCCCCCCCCCUUCGCUACCGCCUUUUGGCAGAAGUGA